AUGGCUAGGACACGCACACCCUCAUCUGCUGGACGUGGUGCUGGACGUGGUACUACCCGGGGUGGUGGUCAAGUUGGGGUUCAUCAAACUAGAAGACAGGCUGCUCCUCAACCUGAAGUUGAGAACAUGGACGCAGUGGAAAGGUUAUUGAAUGUGUUAGAGGCAUUGAUGCCUACUCAAGGUGGAAGUUCAUCUCUUCAGGCUACUUUACAGACACAAGCACCUGCACAGACUAAGACUUUCGGGAAUAAGGAAGUAUCCCUACAAGAGUUCCUGAAAUUAAAAUCACCAAAAUUCACAGGUUCUGAUAAUUCAGCAGAUCCUCAAAGUUUCUUGGAUGGGACACUCAAGGCAUUGCGUGCUCUAGGAUGUUCUACUCGAGUUCGGAGGUUUGUUGAUGGGUUGGUUGGUCAUCUAUACACUGCAGUAACCCCACAGAUGAAGACUUCGUCCUACACUGAUGCAGUUGAUCUCGCUAGAAAGAUUGAAAAUAAGGGACAUAAUGAGCGUGCAGCUAGUGAAUUACGUAAGAAGGCCAAGACAGGAGGAUCUUUCAAUGGAGGUUUUAGUGAAAAUUGCAGAGCGGUAUAUCAGGGACAACAUCAACAGGGUUCUCAGAUAGGGACACAUUUGUCUUCACAGUCCGCAUACAUACCACAUUACAGACAGGGUACUAGGGGACCAUCAUCAUCAUAUGGACAUCGUAAUUCUGGGAAAAUAUAUGCCACUACUCCAGUCUGCCAGACCUGUGGUAGAUCACAUUUGGGCCAGUGUCGUGUUUUGACUAGAGAGUGCUUUCGAUGUGGCCAGUUGGGACAUCACUUGAGGGAUUGCCCUCAGCCUACGAGGAAUUUCAACCAGGCUUCUACUCAGUCAGCUGCACACUCAAACUACUCGUAA